GUAAAGAUGUGUUGUACAACAUCGUGGGUUUUGCGAAGGACAGCGUUCGUGCUCAUGUGACGACUCUGCAGCCCGACAACUUCCCCUCUGACAGAAAGGAGCCGUGGCUGGUGGACUUCUUUGCUCCGUGGUGUCCUCCGUGUCGAGCUUUACUUCCUGAACUGAGAAAAGCGUCCAUCCACUUGGCUGGACAGAUGAAGUUUGGAACUCUGGACUGUACCAUCCACCACAACCUCUGCUCCAGGUAUAACAUCCAAGCGUACCCCACCACAGUGAUCUUCAACGGCUCCUCCCUUCACGAAUAUGAGGGACAGCAUUCAGCAGACGGCAUCCUGGAGUUCAUACAGGAUCUGGUGAAUCCAUCUGUGGUCGUCCUGGAUUCUUCCAGCUUCACUGAGAGAGUUAAAGGUCGAGCUGAAGGGCAGAUCUGGGCGGUGGACUUCUACGCUCCGUGGUGUGGACCCUGUCAGGCUCUGAUGCCUGAGUGGAGACGCAUGGCGAGGCUGCUGUCGGGUCAGAUCCUGGUCGGCUCAGUCGACUGUCAGCGGUUUCAGUCGUUCUGUCAGAGUCAGGGUGUGAGGGCGUACCCUGAAAUCCGACUGUACCCCGGCAACGCCCGGCAACCAGAGCGCUUCAUGAGUUACAAUGGUUGGCACAGAGACGCUCAGUCUCUGAGAACAUGGGCACUGAGCUCUUUACCCAGAGCGUCGGUGGACUUGACUCCAGAGACGUUCAGGUCUCAGGUUCUGUCAGGUCGGGAUCACUGGGUUCUGGAUUUUUACGCCCCCUGGUGUGGACCCUGUCAACACUUUGCUCCAGAGUUUGAGAUCCUGGCUCGGAUUCUCAAAGGGGAGAUUCGUGCGGGGAAGGUCGACUGUCAGGCUCAUUAUCAGACCUGUCAAUCAGCUGGAAUCACCGCCUACCCAACAGUCCGGUUUUACCCGUACCUGGGAACAAGGAGGUACGAACACAGUGGUGAACUCAUCAACAGCCGGGACGCUCAUGUGAUUGCUGACACCAUCCGACAGAGACUACAGAAGCUGUUGCCACGGUUACACAGCGAACCAAAGGAUGAACUCUGAUGACCUCGGCCAUCGAGCCCGAGACAGACCAGCAUCAUGUGAUCUCCAGAGGAGGGGGGAGGGCGGCGGACUUGAUUGGUCCGGAAGCAGCGACCAAUCGACUAACACUUCUUUAUAGGACUACAGCAGUGGUGCAGACGGACAGACGGAGCGUUACCUGCCGUGUUGAAUGUACUGAAAACUUCUGCCUUGUUUUUACUUGUUUUUAUUUUGUCUCCAUCGUUUGUAUUUACUCUAUGAAGUAAAACUGUGGGACGCCGUGCACGUUACUGACACGCACACAUUGUGUUGACUUUCAUUGAUCUUGUAGAAACUGUUGGACAAUAAAACGGUUUCUUUCACAUCA